UUUUAAAAUUUGUACAUGUUCACUUGGUUGAUUUCACUGCCUUUUGUUAGACAAAAGUAACAACAAUGUGAACUGUUAAGACAAAUACAUACUCAUGAUUCAAAUAUUGUUGCUUUACUGUAGGUCAUUGUGAUUUAUUCUCUGACUUUCCACAUUCUUUCAUUAUUUCAAAGAAAAUAAUAUCAACGAAAUAUCUCUACCAAAAAAGGCGCACGUCUUUCGUUGAACAUUGAGUUUCCCAUUAAUCCUGCUUUUCAACGAGUCUACUUUCUUUUAAGUGACACAUAAUAUUACUCAGCAAAGUCUGAAGAACCAUUCAACUCCUUCUUACGCCAAUUGGGAAAAUAAUUUCCACAAUGUCUGUAGCAGACUUCUAUGGAUCAAAUGUUGAGAUAUUUUUAAAUAAUGGGUCUAAGAUACAAGGAAUUAUAACGAAUUUUGACCCUCAAAGCCUUGUUUUGCAACUGAAAUCAAGACAAAAUGUAAUUCCUGUUAUGACAUCGCAAAUCAAAGACUUACGGAUUAUACCUAACGAACAACCUGUAUCUAAACCGUCUACACCUCGUUCUUCAAAAGCCCGCCUUAGAGAAGCGGACAAAGCUUGGAAUACUGCUGACUGUAAUGAUGAUUUUGACUUUGCAGCAAAUUUGGAAAAAUUCAACAAACAAAAGCUGUUUGCCGAAUUUCGUGAAAGAGAUAAAUCGGACCCUGCGAAACUUUUAGUUUCUCAUAACAAAAACACGCAGAGAAAUUACUCACCAACCCAAAAUGUUCUUGAUUCAGUAAGUUCUUCGAAAGAAGAAUCACCCAAGAAACCCGGUCCUAAAAAUCCUUUAGCUGCAAAUCAGCAAAAGACAAAAAAAUCUCCCAAGUCCAGCAACAGCGAAACUAUUACCAAAAGCAAAACAUCGGAUUCUUCUCGUAAUGCUUCCGUUGAGCUUAAAACUAGCACAGGAGAAACAGUUGUCUCUGUGGAUAAGGAUAUCAUUAUUAGAGGUGUAUCCGAAUCUAUUUUGAACACAAAUUCUGAAAUUGUCGUUGAAGGCGCUGCUCAACUAAUAAGCCAGUUAGUACAUUCCUUCCUUGGAGGUUCUCGCCGUCUAGGAAAAUUGAAUCACAACCCGUCACCCGUCGUUUGCCUGUUAGUUGGUAAACACGAUCAUGCCUCGGCAGCAGUUGCCGCAGGUCGUAGACUCGCUUCAGUUGGAAUAACGGUUGUCUUGCGUUGCACGCAGUUGAAUAAUAUCGACGGCAAGCAACUACUGAUGUUUGAGUCCGCCGGUGGCCUUGUACCUAGUGAUGACGAAUUUGGCAAAUGCCUUGAAUCAUUGUCCACACCAGUGGAGCUGAUUGUGGAUUCUUUGAGUGGCUUAAGACCUUAUGAUUCUCGAUACAACCCUUUGGUGAAAUGGGCAAACCAAAAUCGUGCUCCCAUUCUUUCCCUCGAUUAUCCCUCUGGCUUGGAUGAAAGUAAAACACUAUCUAUGAAUGCGAAGUGGACGUUGGCUUUUGGCGCUGUAAGCAACGACUUGGCUAAUGCUGCUCUUAAUAAGACGGCUAACGAUACUAUUUUUCUUGGGAACCUUGGAACAGGAUUUCAUGUGUGGGAACAACUGGGUGCUGGCCAGUCUCAAGCUGAUGGUGAAUGGCUAACUCAAUUGUCAAUAAGUGACAAAUAGUUGAGUUGUACUAUCAAUUACAAGUUCUUUUUUAUUUCGCGCGAGUUCUUCUUUGAAUAUCAGCCGGAAAGUUUUUAAAAUAACUGUUUAACAGUAAACUAGGCGCUGCGCUAAAGUUGCAGAUUGUGUCUUUUGUUACAUAGUUACUGACUUGUCUUAAGUCAGUAAUCACACUCGGUGUUGCUUUUCCUUCCCGAACCAGUUCGAGCAAUUCAUUGAUAAUCUUUGUGCCAUUACGACAAGCAAGGCAUUUUCUGCAAGUUUCCUUCUUGUAGAACUUUGAAAAAUUUAGUAUGGCUUCAAAGACUUUGUCAAUAUCGUUGAGAACGAUUACUGAUGCUGUUCCCAGUCCAGUCCCUAUUUGUCGAAGGUAAUCAUAAUCCAUGAGCAUGUGUUCGCAUUGCUCUUUAUUACAUAUUCCCAUAGAGGGACCCCCUGGAAAAACAGCUACCAAUGAGUCCCACCCACCUAUAACACCUCCAUGAGUUUCUAUCAGUUCUUUUAGCGGUAUUGACAAACGUUCCUCGUAAACAUUUGGUUGUCUCACAUCACCGCUUAUGCAGAAUAGUUUUGUUCCGUAGUUGUUUGGUGAACCAAGAGAACGGAACCAUUCGUCGCCGUUUUCUAGGAUGCAAGGGAUAUUGGCAAUUGUUUCCACAUUGUUCACCGCUGUUGCACAACCAAAGACACCGUGUUCUGUGGGAAAGGGAGGACGCACUCUAGGUUUUGCUGCUUUUCCUUCAAGUGAUUCAAGCAGUGCUGUUUCUUCUCCGCUGAUAUAAUUGCCUUCUCCUCGAUGAAUAAAAAUAUCGAGACUAAAGUCUGUACCAAGUAUGUUUUUUCCUAGGUAGCCUUCUUCAUAAGCUUCGUUUAUCGCUUCUUGCAGGUGUAAUGCUUCUUUGUAGUAUUCUGCACGAACAGAUAUGUAGCACGCACUUGCUCCAAUUGCUUUUGCCGACAUAAUACUGCCCUCAAUAACUGUAUGCGGUACACUUGCUAGUAGAUACCGAUCCUUGAAUGAGCCCGGCUCACCUUCUGAUGCGUUAACAACUAAAUAUCGCAUCGGGUGCUUCAAAAGUUCUGCAGUUGCGACAACUGAUUCCCACUUUCUGCCGGUAUAAAAUCCAGAACCCCCUCGUCCUCGGAGCAUGGAACGUGAAAUUGUGUUUAUCUAUCCUGUUAGUAUUUCGCAUUCGCAAAAUACCGUUUUAUCAUGUAACAGUAUAUAAUUGUCCCAGGAACAUAAGAUGAUUUGUACAUACCAGAAUUUCCCCUUUUUUUUUUAAAAUAUCACUCAGUUUUGAGUAACGACCCUGUUUUUUUGCAAAUGCUAUACUCCUUGCGACAUUAAGGUUCACAUUUGGAAAAAUCCUGCACAUGUCGAUGUAAUUAGGCUUAAACUUUUGGUAUUUAUGUCAAAUUUUUCCCAAAAGUUGUCUUUACUGUCAUAGCACAAAUUAAGAUAGAUAGACUCGGAAUUGUAGUCAAUUGCUAUACAGAGCAAGUCGAUAAGAACAUCCUAGGAACACAGGCUCCAAAUUACAGAAGGGCAACGAGCAGCUCACCCCAAAACACUCGGGGAGUAGAGAAUCAUAAUUACGAGA